AUCUGCCUCAGUAUUUCAAGAAUACAUUUUCGAUCUGUCACUUGUGAAGUCUAAUAUUCCAUUCAAAAUUGGAAUAUGUGGCAACCUUGCCAACUAACCUCACAUUCUGAGCCUCAUCUUUCUAUGCUAUGUAAACUGAACAUUAUUGAUGUUUAAACUUAUAUUUGUGACUCGCGAAUGUUAGCUAAAUUUUCAAAAUGCCUUACAAGUGCUGCGUUCCUAAUUGUGUCGGUAAUUACGGGAACGGUCCGAAGGUACACGUAUUUUCGUUUCCAUUGAACGAAAACUGUCGUAAAAGAUGGCUCAAUGCAAUCCCUUGUAGUGAUUUAGUGCUUACAAAAUACACCCGAGUAUGUAAUUUGCACUUUGCUGAGGACAGCAUCAUUUGGGAAUCCACCUUCCAUGACGAAAAGGCAGAUAUCCGACUGGCGUUUCCCCUUCAAGCGGUCCAACCAUCCUGUGUGCGUCCACCACGGCCGCACCAGAGUACUGUAUAAGCUGAAACACUGCGAGGAGGGUGUUAAGGAGGGCACCGAACUGUACGAGUACCUAGAAGCCGACCAAUGCAAAUGCCAGCUUUGCUCAUCUUCUGACACCAGUUGCGAGGGCCUCAGAUAUAAGCAUGGUAGGGAAGCGCUGGGAUUCCGUAUCAAUUUUUAAGUCUUGAGGUUAAGGUCUAGCUUAGUCGUCCUUUUAUCAAUGAAUACAGGCUAGCAGAACAAAUGUAUUCUACGUGUCUGUUUCAAACCGCCGCUCAAAGUCAAUCGAAGGCUUCUAAGCAGGCGGUCAAAAAUUAUGCGUUUCUGAUAGCUUGUGCAGCUUGUACUAACAACGAUUGGCUGACUGAAAUAGAAACUGCAUGCGAACGACUUCUAACUAAACUCUUCGUAUCCAAUAAACUUUGUUUCUACUGCAAAUGUGUUGAAAAGUUACUCGAAUUCUCCGUACUCGUAGAUACAAGUGACGAUCCAGGCACAAAAUGUGUUUUAUGCUUCAACCACCACAAACUCGUAUUGCCUGAAUACCGUAGGUACCGUGGAGCUAUAGGGAGAUACAGGAGAAGGGAGGCGUCUAGCGAGGGACACAUAUGCAUAUGCAGACAUUCUGGGCACGUCUCAGAGAUCCACCGGCUGGUACCUCCACGUUCGACGGUCUGUGGCGGAGAGUAAGCUGCGCAUAGAAUAAUACCUUAAAGAGACUAAUCUCAAUGACAGCACAAAAUGAGUAUCCGAAACUUCAUUACUGACGCCAUGCUUAAUCGAAAU